GUGAUAAAAGCAAGAUUUACACUGCUUUGAGCAAGGAUCUUCUAAGAAGUCCCAAGUUUGAUUUCCACGUGCUGCUCAAUCGGGCACUCAAUACCAUGACUUUUGACUACGCAAUCUCGGAACAACAUGAGCAGGGUGAACACCGUAGCUGUAAUCAUGUGGGCGGAUUACACCUCGACGCACGCAUUUGCCAUUUAGGCAACAGCAAAGCUCAUGUGGAUAUCACUGGAAAGAUGGGUGAAAUUUCGACAGUCGGAGACAGCUGCAAGAUGCGAAUACACAGUUUGGCAGUGAAGACGAUGCUGGACAAACAGCUCUGCACCAGUGCCGAUAACUGCCAUCUGACGUGCACUAGCAGCUAUACACGUGACUAUAAGGUACGCGGGAGUUUCAAUGGUUCUGUCAACAGUGCUGUAACUCUGAAGAAGGUAGUGCCAAUGGUUGAUCUCAAGCCUACACAAUUUGAAAUGGACGACACAGCAAAAGUGCAAUGUCAACCUCCUUGUGGAAAGGGUUCUGGUGGGGUGGAGCUGUGCAUUCCAUCAGCCGACGCAAAUAAUCCCUGGAAAUCACGGUGCGUUUCGCAGGGGUAUUCCAAUGAUGAACCCGAACCAGGAGAUUACAUUUACAAGAUCAAGCUGCUGGACAAUACUGGUCUUAAAGCCUCUGUAGUGCUACGCAACUUGUUUAGAAAUGUUCCGCUAAGUGGUGUCAGAACAAAUAUAACCAAAUGUGUCCUAAUCAAUGAAAGGUUUCAACGUCUCAAAUUCCGUCCAUGGAAUCCGCAAAAGACACGGGCAGAAAUUCACUUCACAUCGGAAGAGGUAGCCGCCAUCAGGACACACAUGGCGAGCUGCUCUAGCAAGACCGCAGCCUGCUCUUUGAACUGCACAGGCGGAUUCUUCAAAUAUAUCGAUGUACAUAAGAGGCAAUAUCAGGAACAUUUAACAUCCAAGGCUUUCGUACUUCGCCCAAUGCACAUAGAUACACACCCCACGGAUAUCUGUAAGCCAUGCUAUGUAUUACAUGAUUGUUCUUUUAAGAUGACACUGCUGCCUCCAAAUUGGCUCUUAUCGCUGUAUAGUUUGCGGUUCAAAGAAGAUUCGCAUGCUCCUUACAACUUCAGACUGUCGAAUGACUAAUAUAGACUAUUCCUGACUCGUUAAUCCCCAAUACGGGUGAAGACAAAAAUAAGCACAUUGAGCAGAGCGCUCAACUCCGGAAACGAGUUCAGGAAAGCGUAGUAGAUCAAUAUUACACUCACCCACUGGGGUCCGGACACAUGAGAGAUAUGUGUGUAGUACAUCUGGU